GGCUAGCAUCGUUUGCUGUUAGCAAGGUUCACAACGAUGUGAAGUACAUGAAGAAGAAGAACUUGCAGCAAGACUUUGAGGAGUUAAAGGUGGCCCACCUCCUCAGCCGGGAGGCAUUUAUAGCUGAAAUACAGGCUGAGAGAAAGAAAAGUCAGGCCCUCCAAGAAGAACUGAACCAACUGCAGACGAUGCUCUGCUGAGGCAGGAGGCCGAGACACAAAAGUUUCAUGAAGACAGGCUUAGUGAGGAACAAUGGCUCCUGGAGAACCUGAGAGCUGAAAAGGAUGAAAUGUUUCAAGAAAUGUCCCAAAAGAUCACAUUCCUGCAAGGCAGCGAGAAACAUCUGCAGGAGGAAUUGACUCAGCUCAAACAUUCACACAAUGAACUCAACUGUAAAUACGAAAGCGAUGUUUCUGGACUAAAGCAAGACGUGGAAAGAUAUCAGGAGGAGGUGAAACAUGAGAAAGACGCCAACAUAGAAAGAGAGAACGAGAAUCUGCAGCUCAUCAACAACCUGAGAGCUGAGAAGGAGGAGCUCUUCCAAAAAAUGUCAGGAGAAAUCACAAUUCGGCAAAAGAGGGAGAAGCAGAUGCUCCAUGAACUGGAUCAGGUUCACAUUUUACACGAGGAGCUAAAAUGUAGAUAUGAAAGAGACAUUAUGGAUAUACAGCAGCAGGUUGAGACAUACGAGCAGAAGGUAAAGCAGGAGGAAACUGUUCUUUCAAACAGAGAACAGAAAGAGAAACUUAUCCAAGAGAGAAAACAUUCUGCGCUGCAACAAGUCGAAAAUCUUCAGCAGCAGGUAAAGCAGGAGAGAAAAGCUCACCUGGAGAAAACAGAGGAGGACAAGAAGCUUCUAGACCAGCUGAGAGCUAAAUAUGCCGUCCUAAAAGAAAACACAACAACAGAGAAUAAAAUCCUGCAAGACAAGGAAAAGAGUGCCCAGGCUGAGCUGGAGAAGGUUAACGGUUUGUACCUGGAGCUGAACUGUCGGUUUGAAACCGAAGUCACUGCAUUAAAACAUCAAGCAGAAAAAUACCAGCAGGAGAUCAGUUGUGUGAAAAAUGAUUUGCAAAGUGCAAGAGAGGAUCUACUGCUGCCCGACACUCUGAGAGCCGAGGAAGAAGGUUUCCAACAGAAACCCAUCACAGUUUCCCAAGAGAAGGAGGAAGACUCACAGAACAAAGUGGACCUGGUUAAAGUCUUUAGUCAAGAGGUUUCUUCAGAGGAGGAACUCUCAGGAGAACCUUUAUCAGGUUCUUCCACGGAUCCAGAAUCCUCAGAAGAGACCGAGAUCGCUGGAGAAACCGUCCUGGAGGAUUUGGACAAUCCAGAUACUAAAACCAUGCAGGACGACAGGUCCAAGGUGAGGAACCAGACCAAGUGCAGCCCAAAGAUCCCUUAUGAUGAAAACGACCAUUGGAAACAGUGGUUCUGCUCGCCCGUACAUGAGGUCCCACCCUGGAGCCAGGCCUGGGGGUGGGGCACGUUGGGGAGCCCCUGGUGGCCGGGCUUUAACCCACAGAGCCCGACCGGGCUCAGCCCGAAAAGAGCCCAUGGGUUCCGGCUAGAAAUAGUCGGACUCGGGCCGUGCUGUGGUGGCGCAGGGGGUUAG